GCUGAUUGAAAUGGAAUGAAUUUUUUGGUAGUGGCUAUUCAUUCAAUCUGGACGGUACAACACUGUACCUUGCAUUGGCCAGUAUUUUUGCUGCACAAGCUGGUGGCAUCAAUCUAAGCAUUGGUACGCAACUAUCGAUUAUGGGCACGUUGAUGUUGUCAUCCAAAGGUGUGGCGGCUAUUCCACGUGCAUCGCUAAUUGUCUUGGUGGGCACCUUGGUGCAGUAUGGACUACCGGGUCAAGCCGUUUCGAUGAUAAUGGGAAUAGAUGCAAUCAUGGAUAUGGGGCGUACUUCAAUCAAUGUUUUCGGUAACUGUUUGGGAAGCUGUAUUAUGGCUCGCAUUGAAGGCAGUUUUCGAGGUGCCGAUUGGCAGGAAGAAGAAUUGGAGCGCCAGCGUGAACAGAUGCAAGAACCGGAUGCCCUUGAUGGGGAUGUGAGUUCCGACAGUCUUCUUCACGAUGAUACGAAUGAAGAACUCUCCGACGUCGUCGUUGUUCACCACCACGACAAAUCUAUCCCACCUGCGUAGUCGAAUCGCUUUGGAUAUCAUACAUCCCUUACGCCUCUACUUCCGUGAAUUUUCCCCUUUUUAUGAUGCCUUUGUUUUGUAAUACAUUCUACAUCAUCUAUAUGCACGUCCUGUAGAUCAAUUCAUCGAUAUCUAAAGAUGAUAAAAAUCCAAAAAAGUUUUUCAGUUCUUUCUUGUAAAAGUAAGCAAUACAGAAAUGGUAU